AUGCCUGAGCUCGCAGAAGUUGCACGGAUAGUGAACUAUAUCAAAAAGCACCUGGUAGGACACACUAUCUCCAAAGUCGUAGCCAACCAUGACGACCUCCUGUUCGGCAAAGUUGGCACCAGCGCCGACGAGUUCAAAAAACAUAUGCAUGGCAAAACAGUCAUAGGAGCUGGGCAGCAGGGCAAAUAUUUCUGGAUGAUCAUGUCUUCACCUCCGCACCCGGUCAUGCAUUUCGGAAUGACGGGUUGGUUGAAGAUACGGAGUGAAAACACUUACUACCGAAGCAAUGGCAAAGAUGAGAACGUUGAAGCAGACGUUUGGCCUCCAAAGUUUUGGAAGUUUCUGCUCGAGACGGAUAACGAGCCUAAGACCGAGGCUGCGUUUGUGGAUGCAAGAAGGCUGGGCCGUGUCAGGCUUGUGGACUGUCCUGGAGAUGAUAUACGAAAAUAUACGCCUCUCAAGGAAAAUGGGCCUGAUCCGGUCAUUGACAAGGCCAUAGUGACAGAGGACUGGCUGAAGGCCCUUGUGCGGCGGAAGAAGGUCCCCAUAAAAGCCCUGCUAUUAGAUCAGGCUAAUAUCAGUGGACUGGGGAACUGGAUGGGAGAUGAGAUUCUAUAUCAUGCACGGAUUCAUCCUGAGCAAUACAGUGAUACGCUCCGGGACAAUCAGAUCAAAGAGCUACACUCCUCCAUCAAUUAUGUGUGCUCCGUAUCUGUUGAUUUGAAAGGAGAGUCUUCUGAUUUCCCCACCGACUGGCUUUUCCACCACCGAUGGAAUAAGGGCAAGAAGGGAGCAGCGGGCAAACUACCCAGCGGAGAACCCAUUGUAUUCGUCACUGUUGGUGGCCGAACUAGUGCCGUUGUCCCAUCUGUGCAGAAGAAAGGCGGCGAAGAUGACGAAGAAAAACCGGAAAAACUAGAUGCCAAACAUCAGAAGGCUGCAGUCAAGCCAUUGGCGGUACCAAAGGUGAAAGCAGAUAACGGUGAAGCAGAUGUAUCGGCACCAGCGACUCCGAAUAAGAAGCGUAAGCAGCCUACCACAAAGGCUGUCAAGGAAGAGGAUGGUGCGGCAGCUACGCCGGCCCCGAAGAAGUCCAGAGCUACCAAAGCCAAAGCCGAAGCGGAGGAGCCAAAGGUGCCGUUGAGAAGGGGUCGAUCUGCCGCGAAGAACUGA